GUUGCCAAGGCGCGGUGUGUCUCCAUGACAACACCAGUGGAGGAACGUGUCGGUGUACAGCGCGACAGAGCGCUGUUUAUCAGUCAUAGCGUUUUAAGUCCAGGCGUGAUGGAGUCGAGCUAGCAAGCUAACGUUAGCCCAGAGAUGUUAAAAACAAGCGGUAAAGAAAAGGAUGGCAGAAACGGGUGAUGGUAAAAAAGAGGAUGCCGACUACAAAAGACUACAAAGCUUUCCGCUCAUCAGGCACACAGAUAUGCCAGAGGAGAUGCGCGUAGAGGCUAUGGAGCUUUGCGUCACAGCCUGCGAGAAAUUUGCCUCCAACAAUGAGAGUGCUGCCAAGAUGAUCAAGGAGUCCAUGGAUAAGAAGUUUGGCAGUUCGUGGCAUGUGGUGAUCGGUGAGGGGUUUGGGUUCGAGGUGAGCCAUGAAGUCAGGAACCUGCUCUACAUGUUCUUUGGGGGAAGUCUGGCCGUGUGUGUUUGGAAAUGCUCCUGAUGUCGCUUCCUGCCCACACAGUCGCCACUGUGAGAUAUUUAUACUCAUGGAUCUGUCCUAACUAUGCAGCCCUAUUUGACUUGAGACGUUUGUGUGUAUGUGUAUGCAAAUGUGUGAAAUUGGAGGGGAAAAAAGAUACAGAUUCUUGUGCACUUCUCCAGAUCACUCUUUUCCAGUCUUACGUUUUGGCUUCAAUUUUAAGACAUAAACUCAGAUUUUAAGGAGUUUGAUUAACUUUUUUACAAUUCAAUCCAUUAUAAUGCAAUGCAAUCCAUUAUAGCAUGUUAUUCCAAAGAAAACUUUUGCCUUUGUAAUCUUUCAUCAAAAUAUAUUAACUUGCCCCUACUCUCAAAUGACUUAAAUUUUUAGUCCAUCAUAUUUUCAAUUCCCUCCCAAUCAAGCAUCUCUCACCAUUCUUCAUAAAUAAACAAUGAAUGAAUGAAUUCUGGUAUGGAACACCCACUUUAAUUGCCAAUCAGUUCCAAGUGGAUAAAAGUGCAGUCCUAACCUUUUUUUAGCUGUUAUUUUUCAUUCAGAAAUUAAUCGUAUUACAGAGGUAAAAUGAGUUGAGAAGUC